UUAUAAAUAAUAUGGCAUCACCUGUUCUUAAUAAAGUAAGAGAGAGAUUAUUCUUUUUAUCUCCAACAGUAUAAGCAGGUUGGGAACCUGAAUCUAAGAGAGAAGAUUUCGAAGAGUUAAAAAUAUUAGGCUAGGGUAUUGAUAUAUAUUUUUAUGAAUUCAAAUAGGGGCAUUUGGAGUGGUUAAGAAAGUGACACAUAAGAAAAAUAAUAUUAUAUAUGCUAUCAAAAUAGUUGAGAAAGCUAUGCUAAAGAAAACAAAUAUGGUUGAGUAAAUGUAGAAUGAAGUAAAAAUUAUGUAUUCACUUAAUCAUCCAUACAUAUUAAAAUUGUAUAAUCAUUUUGAAGAUGAUAUAAAUGUGUAUUUGAUUUUAGAAUUUGUCGGUGGAGUAAAUGAUUAGAUAAUUUUUAGGGUUAAUUAUAUGCAGUCUUGUGGAAAUAACCAUAAAAGAAAUUUGAUGAAAAAACUUCAGCUAAGUUUAUACUUUAAUCAUGUCUUGCUUUAGAAAAUAUCCAUUCUAAAAAUAUAGUGCAUAGAGAUAUUAAACCAGAGAAUUUACUUUUAGAUGAAAAAUAAGAUAUUAAAUUAGCCGAUUUUGGAUGGUCUAAUUUUUUAAAGCCAAAUGAAAUAAGAUAAACAUUUUGUGGAACUUUAGACUAUUUAGCUCCAGAAAUGUUAGAAAAAUCUAGAUAACAUGAUCAUUCAGUAGAUAUAUGGGCUAUGGGUGUUUUAUGUUUUGAAUUAUUAACUGGUUUAAGUCCAUUUGCUCCAUAAAUUAAUAUAAAUAAUUAAACCUUUGUUGAAAAAACUACAAAAGACAAUAUAAUAAAUUUAAGAUUUUAAUUUCCUCCUUUAGCAUAAGAUUUUAUUAAAAAAAUAUUAGUCAAAGAACCAGGAAAAAGAUUUACUUGUUAAUAAAUUAAAGAAUUUUGA